UCCCUCGGACACAGCGGAUCACCGAUCAACAGAAAUAGCCGAAGAUGGGACAUCUACACUGAUCAUCAGGGCACUGAUGAUCAAUGUGCCCUGAUGAUCAGUGUAGCCCCAGCAGUGCCACCUGUCAGUGUCCAUCAAUGUCAGGUGUCAGUGCUCAUCAAUGCCACCUGCCAGUGCCCAUCAGUGCCACAUAUCAAUGCCCAUCUGAGCUGCCUUUCAGUGCCACCUAUCAGUGCCAGUCAGUGCCACCUACCAAUGCCAGUCAGUGCCACCUAUCAGUGCCAGUCAGUGCCGCCUAUCAGUGCCAUAUAUGAGUGGUCUUUCAGUGCCCAUCAACGAUGC